CGAGAAGUUCCAAAUGGGUCUAAAAUUAGAAUAGAUCACAUGAUCGACCAAAACAACCGUGAACUAUCUACAGGAUCCUAAUGCAGUCACAUUGUGGUAACAACUAAACUCUGCGAGAUAUGUCUCGAGAGGAACUGCUUUGGGAUCAUACCGGGGAAGAGCUUGACGAUCCACUGAUUGGCAGUUAUGGGACGGAGGAGGAAGAGGGGGUUAGAUACAGGAACAGAAAUACUAUCCAGUUAUCCCAGUAUGAUACAGCAAAACUAGUGUAUGAACUAGAGGCGACCAGUGCUCUACUGAGGACCUACCUCGGGGAACAGGAAAUAGCUCACACACAGAGUGAUAGCACAGCAGAGAGAAGCCAGACUGGCUGCAGACAUAUCCUGAAAAGAAAGUUUGAUAAAAUCUUGGACAAAGUGACAGGGCUGAGGAUCAUUAUUUUCACGUUGGUGCUUCAGGGGUUUAAUCUCCUGAUACAAACUUUGAUUGAUGUGUGGCCAGAGAAAGAUGACUAUAUAGUGUUUGUUGUGAGUUGUUCGACCAUGAUUUUGCUGCAGGUGUUAAAUCUAGUUGUGCUUCUUAUAAGUUCAGUGAAGUUGGUGAAACAGUUGUUUCUUAAAGAAGUGAGCGGGCUUCUGCUGGCUCAGUCCUAUGUAGCAGCUAUCCUUGUGUUUUCUGGAAUCUACACACUUACAAAGAGGCUUCAACCAGAUUCUUGGAAGUUUGUCCGUGAGGAAACCUGGAAAGACCCAGCCCUUAUUGUCGAGAUGUACUGCCAGUUUCUCUACUUCUCUGUGUCAACAGCCACUCUUUGUGGAACAGCAGAAGUUACCCCCAAUAAAUGGUACAACUAUAUUUGUGUGUCUUUCCAGAUGUUGCUUAGUUUUAUGUACUUUGCCUCCAUACUUGGACAAGUGAUGGCUCCUAUCACAUCCCCUCCCUCAAGUCAACGUCCUCUCUCACGACACCGAGCAUCAAGCCGAUUCCCUUCAACAAUAAUCCACAGUCGAGCAUCUAGCCAAGACGAGGAAGGUACCAGUAAAAUAGGUGACAACUCAGUAUCCUGAAGACAUUCAUUGGAAGCUGUUAACUUUUGAAUAUCAAGGAUACCUAUUCUGUGAAAUGGACAACAUCUAAGUCCUAUCCUUGAAGUCUCUUUCAAGUUCCAUGGAUGUCAGCAAACGGACAAGACAAUAGGAACCGAUUGUACCAAUGUUCUUUCACUGAAUUCCAUUGGCAAAUAAUUUACCAAUUUUUGAAGUGUGAUCAAGAAAAGCAUCACUGGCAGCUAAUUCUGUAUGAAUGAAACAUUUUGAGGUUUUAUUAUAUUUUUUAUGUGUAUGACACAUGGUUUGAUCCAUUUCUUGCGGUUCAUAUAUCAUCAGAUUGGCAAUGUAUUCAUGGGUGAGUGUGUGUGUCUACUUUCAAUAAGGAGAUGCAUUGCCAGAAUUAGGGAUGUGUUUGUGUGUGUCUUUUCUUUUAUUGAUAGAAUAACAGGAGAAUAUUUUCCAUUUUAUUAAUUCAACAUCAUAAAUAAAUUAUAAACUUAAA